AUGGUUCGCGAACUCCCCAGGGAGAUAGAUUCCUGCAUCGGCUCUUAUACCCAUCUUCGUGACUUUCCCCGCCAAGAUGAAGCCCUCCACAUGCUCAAGCGGAUCGCCUCCGUUGUCAAGCCCAUAAUGAGAGCUCGACACUGGAAAGUAGGGCAACUAUGCGAGUUUUACCCAGAUCAGUACAACCUCCUCGGCCUAAACUACAACAGGGGGCAGCGAAUCCUCCUCCGACUUCGAUAUGCCGGAGACAGGAAUCAAUUCUUGCCUUUUGAGCAAGUCAUGGACACCAUGCUCCACGAACUCUCUCACAUCAUCCACGGCCCCCACGACCAGGUCUUUCAUGCACUAUGGAACCAGCUCAGAGAAGAACUGGAGGGCCUGUUUAUGAAGGGUUACACAGGCGAGGGUUUCCUAUCCAAGGGCCACAAGCUGGGCGGCCAAGUGCCAUAUUCCGAAAUCCAACGUAUAACUCGCAUUGAAGCCGAAAGACGCAAGGCAGAAAAGGAAGCAAGCAAAAAGGAGGCCGGCCACAAACUAGGCGGCUCAAAGCCAGCCCCAGGUCGGAACAUCAGGAACAUCAUCGCCGAUACUGUCGAGCGACGAAACCGCACCGACAAGGGUUGUGGAAACGAGAACCGCAACGAGGAGGAAAUCCGCCAAAUAUCCGAGACCUGGAGACGAAACGGCUUCAAGACCCAAGCCGAGGAAGACGCAGCCAACGAAGCAGCCAUUGCCCAAGCCCUCUGGGAACUCGUCCAAGAAGACGAAAAGCGGAAGUACGGCAGCUCUUACGUUCCACCUACAGCUGAAAAUCCAUACGGCAACGGUGGAGGAACUCUCAUCAACGGCGAAGGCUCAAGCAGCAACACUUACCGCCCGCCACAACGACCAAACAGCUACUAUCCACCACAACAACAACCAAACACCACCACCACCACCUACCCCCCACCCUCUUCCCGCUCCCGUCCAACCUCAACCCCAGUAUCCAAAGGCACAAUAACAGAGUACUACUCCCCCCAACCGGCCCCCCGUCCCCCAGUAAUCGGCGACGGCUUCGCCGGUGGCCCGACAUACUACCCACCCCCCCACCAACCCGCCAGACCACCACCGCCAGUUCCCCUCACAACCCGGCCACCACCACCACCACCAGCAGCUACCCCAAUCAUCCGAACCGUCUCCCCCCCUCCUCUCUCCGACAAAGAUGCCUACUGGGAGUGUCCAAGAUGUACCUACCACAACUCCCUCCAGCGCCCCCAAAACUGCGAGAUGUGCGCUGCUCCCGGCCCGGCUCUUGAUCCUUCCUCUUCCAGACCACCCCGACCACAACAGCAACAAGAAGUAGUAGACCUCACCUCCUCCUCCAGCCCGCCCCUCCCACCCCGCAAGAGACACACGUCGCGCAACAACCCCCCCGAGCAGCCAAACCCGCGAAGGAGCAGCAGGAACCCGUUUAGGAAUAGCAUAUCCGUUUCGAGCAGUACGACCACCACCACCAAAAGGAACUCGAGUUCGGCACCGUCAAAACCUCAACCGUCAUAUUGGGGGUGUUCGUACUGCGGGAACAGGAUGGAAAGCCAGUGGUGGACUUGCAAUGUCUGCGGGAAGAUGAAGGAUAGAUCCUAA